UGAAAGUAAAGUUUAUUUGUCUCUCUUGCAGCUUUGUUCCUCUUACCUUCCAGUGGGUUCAGUCUCUUCUCCUGGCAGUGGAAGAAAUCAACAACUCAGCUUCCUUCCUCCCUAACCUGACCCUGGGAGUACAUUUGUCUGACUCUUGUGCUUCUCCAGGACGAGCACUACAGGGAGCUAUGGGCAUCCUUACUGGAGGAGGUUACCGUUCUGUACCAAACUACCGCUGCCUCAAUGAGUCUACCCCACUAGGGGGAGUAAUAGGGGACUCAAGCUCUGCUAGCUCAUUGACCAUGGCCAGAGUGCUGGGAUUGCACCGGUACCCCCAGAUAAGUUAUUUCUCCACAAGUUCCCUUCUAAGUGACAGGACUCGGUUCCCAUCAUUCUUUAGGACUGUUCCCAGCGACACAUUUCAGUCACGUGGAUUGGCUCAGCUAGUCUCUUUCUUUGGUUGGACAUGGGUAGGACUGAUAGCUGAGGAUACUGACUAUGGACAAGAAGGCAUUCAAGCCACUAAGUUAGAAAUCCUAAAAUCUGGGGCUUGUGUUGCCUUUACAGGGUACAUCCUCACUAGCCGACUUGAUCGAAAUGCCCCACUACUUUCAAAACUAAUUUCACAGUCCAAUGCUUCUGCCGUGGUUGUCUUUUCUAGUGGGUCAAACCUUCUCCCAGUAGUGGAGGAACUCUUGAAACAAAACAUUACAGGGAAGACUUGGAUAGCUAGUGAGUCGUGGUCAACGUCAGCCUUAGUCGCCAAGGAAAAGUACUGGACCGUUCUUCAAGGAACCAUUGGGUUUGCACUGCACAGCGGUCAAAUUCCAGGAUUCAGAGACUUCCUCAAUGCUACUAAUCCCAAGAAGACCCCAGAUGACAUUUAUCUGAAGGAAUUUUGGGAAGGGAACUUUGGUUGCAAAUGGGAAACACCAGGGGCAAUUCUGCCCAACAGCACCAAAAAAUGCACAGGUCAAGAAUCACUUGGAAACACUUUCAGCAGUGUUAUGGUGCUGAGGGUCAUUUACAGUGUUUAUAUUGCAGUUUAUUCCUUGGCCUGGGCACUACACAAUAUCUUAAAUCAUAGGUUAAAAGCUUGUCCCGUACCACUGGAAAAAUGUCAAGAACCAUCGCCUUUUCGUCCUUGGGAGGUAUUAUUUAUUCUACAUGCCAUGAAAUCGGUUCAUUUUACAACAAGCGAUGACAAAGAGAUUUAUUUUGACAUGAAUGGGAAUCUUCCAGCCGUGUACGACAUUGUAAACUGGCAAAUGAGCGCACAGGGAGUUGUACAACAGAUAAAAGUGGGAAGCUAUAAUGACAGUAACAGAGAAGGAAACAAAUUCACACUGAACAUCAGAGCUAUCCAAUGGACCAGAGGGCAAACAAAGAAAAGCACCUUUAUAAGACUUUUUUGUGCAUAUAUUUUUAAUAUGGCAAUGAUGUUCCUUUCUGUAUUAGAUUCAGUGGACUGCUUCAGAUGCCCUUGGGAUCAGUGGCCAAAUGUUCAACAAACUGAGUGUCUCUUGAAAGCUAUUGAGUUUCUUUCCUUUGAAGAGCCAUUGGGGGCAACACUGGUUGCCACAAGUAUUACCUCUUCCACAAUCCCAUUUGCCAUCUUGGGACUUUUCAUCCACUACAAGACUACCCCUAUUGUCAGAGCCAAUAACUAUUUUUUAAGUUGCCUUCUUCUGCUGUCAUUAUCUCUCUGCUUUCUCUCUUCAUUAAUACUCAUCGGCUAUCCACAACCAGAAAAAUGUCUUCUACGACAGGUGGCUUUUGGCAUGGUUUUCUCAUUAUGUGUCUCCUGUGUCUUAGCAAAAACCAUCACUGUCUUGAUAGCCUUCAAAGCUACCAAACCCGACAGCAGUUUAAGAAAAUGGAGUGGGUCAAAGCUGGGCUACACUGUUAUAAUUUGUUGUGUUUUUAUACAACUGUGUUUUUGUAUAACAUGGUUGUCCAGUUCUCCACCAUUCCCGCAAAAUGAUGUCAGCCAACCAGAAGUUAUAAUAACCAGCUGUAAUGAAGGAUCUCCAACAGCCUUCUGGUGUAUGCUUGGGUACCUGGCUCUCCUGGCCUCUAUCAGUUUUGUUCUUGCCUUCUUGGCUCGACAACUCCCAGAUAGCUUCAAUGAGGCCAAAUUCAUAACCUUCAGCAUGCUGGCCUUCCUGAGCGUCUGGGUGUCCUUUAUUCCAGCAUACCUUAGCACUCGUGGCAAGUACUCGGUAGCCAUGGAAAUCUUUGCUAUCUUGUCCUCCAGUUGGGCUUUGGUUAUUUGUAUCUUUGUGCCCAAGUGUUACAUUAUUCUAUGCAGGCCAGAGCUGAACACCAAAGAAAGUCUGAUGGGAAGAGGAAAAAAAUGA